GAGGGAAAAAAAAGACGAAAAGUUGCAAUGGAAAAGCUUUUGGAAUUCGGUAGGAAAGCGAUGUUCUAUGUUAGGGUUCUUUCGGGAUAUGAAGAGCGCAAAAUCAGAUCUUACAGACUGCAGCUCCAACAACGCCUUCAACAGGCGCAAGAGAGGAAAGAAGCUCUUAAGAAGGUUCCUGAACAAAUUAUUUUAUCGGAGGUGCGGAAAAUGGUGGAGGAUAUGCAGUCCUUGAAUAAGAAGUUAGAAGAAACAGAAGCAGCCAUUGAGGAACACUUUAAGCCGAUAGACAAGGAAGCUGAGAUUAUAAUGAAAACACAGCUCGAAGGUGAGGAGAAAUCUAUGAGAGAGAUGGUGAUGGCCAUGCAGAGACAGGCUCUACUCGAGCAAGCUGAAGCCGAAAGAAUUGCGAAUUCGCGAAAUUCUAACAAGACAGAUCAAAGUAUUCAACAACCAACAGACGUGGAAAAGAAAACCGAGACGGCUUAAUCAUGUCCGCCUUCCCCAGUUCUUUUAGUGUAUCACAAUGAGGUUUUAUACUGGAUAAUUUUAAGUGUUUUCUUGAAAUUCUAAUGUCUGGAGAAUGCAGUAUCUUGUGUGGCAAGAUUAUGCUCAAUUGGCCCUUCUGUGUUAGUUUUAACCAGUUUUGUUUAAGCUUAUUUGUUAUUUAGAGAUGUUUAAGAAAGUUACCAAAGGAAGUUCCUCUGGUGUUUUUGUAAGAACUAACAAUUAUUCAAGAAGUCUUUUGAGAAUAUACAACUGAUUACAG